ACAAUCGACCGAUAUACUAACAUCUAUGCAGAUGGUGGUGCCUGUGUCGCCAUGGUGGGCAAGGACUGUGUUGCUAUCGCUUGCGAUCUCCGCUUGGGCAUGCAAGCCCUGACCGUUUCCAACAACUUCCCUAAGAUCUUCAACUAUGCGCCCUCCACCUACCUCGGCCUGACCGGUCUCGCCACUGAUGUCAAUACCGUCUCUGAUCUCUUCCGCUACAAGGUCAACAUGUACCGACUGCGCGAGGAGCGCCAUAUCGCACCCCAGACCCUGGCCAACCUGGUCAGCUCAUCGUUGUACGAGAAGCGAUUUGGCCCCUUCUUCAUCAGCCCUGUUAUUGCCGGUAUCAACCAAACAACUGGAAAGCCGUUCAUUUGCGGAUUCGACAGCAUUGGCUGUAUCGAUUUGGCCAAGGACUUCAUCGUGAGCGGAACUGCUAGCGAGCAGCUCUUCGGUACUUGCGAGGGUCUCUGGGAACCGGAUCUGUCCCCCCAGGAUCUCUUCGAGACCAUCUCCCAAGCACUCUUGGCCGGUGUGGACCGAGACGCCCUCUCCGGUUGGGGCGCCCAGGUGUAUAUUAUAGAGAAGGACAAGGUCACCCAGCGAUUAUUGAAGGGCCGACAGGACUAA